AUGGAUCUCGAGCCUGGCGCGCCUUCCACAAGCAAACUUCUUGUCCCUCAGACGCACGAGAUCAUCAUUCCUAGUUACUCUGCGUGGUUUCACAUGGCGAAAAUAAACGAUGUCGAGAAGAAAUCACUACCAGAGUUUUUCAACAAUUGCAACAAAAGUAAAACGCCUAGCAUCUACAAGGACUAUCGCGACUUCAUGAUCAACACAUACCGACUCAAUCCUUCGGAAUAUCUGACGGUGACUGCCUGCAGACGGAAUCUCGCCGGUGACGUCUGUGCCAUCACUCGUGUCCACGCCUUUUUGGAGCAGUGGGGCCUCAUAAACUAUCAGGUUGAUCCAGACUCUAGACCCUCCGGUGUUGGGCCCGCGUUCACAGGCCACUUCAGAGUGACCGCGGAUACCCCGCGAGGGUUGCAGCCAAUAUACCCAGCCGUGCCUUUGAUUCGAAGUGCACCAGAUUCCGUGGGGAAAGUAGCGAACGGUCGACCACAGAUCGACACCGCUGCGAACGUUGCGGACGGCAAAAGCUCAGCUGCCAACGUAGCAGUGGCGCCUUUGCGAUUCAGUAAAGACAUAUACUCCGACGCCGCGAAACAGGUUUCACGAAAACACAGCUUGGACGCGGACCAGGAAACGGGACAUUCUGUUGCGCAGCCACCGCAGAAGAAGGCCAAGCAUAAUUGCUCCACAUGCGGCGUAGAUUGCAGCCGUAUCCGAUAUCACAGUCUGAAAACGUCGUCUAUGGAAAUCUGUCCCAACUGCUACAUCGAAGGGCGCUUCCCGUCUACAAUGUACUCGGGCGACUUCUUGAAAAUGGACGACACAGGACCUGCGAAGCAUGCCUCGACUGAUGAUUGGACAGAGCAGGAGACCUUAUUGCUCUUGGAAGGGCUGGAGCUUUUUGACGAGGAUUGGAACAAGGUUUCCGAUCAUGUCGGCACCCGCACCCGCGAACAGUGCAUAACGAAGUUCUUGCAGCUUCCGAUUGAGGACCCCUAUGUGGGCGUGCCUGCAAAUGAUCUCGGCCCUCUCCAAUACCACCGAAUUCCACUUUCUGCGGUAGACAACCCAGUUCUCAGUCUUACGGCGUUCCUGGCAUCUGUGGUUGACCCGCAAGUUGCGAGUGCAGCUGCUAAGGCUGCCGUUCAGGAAGUGCAGAAAAAAGGGAACAGCGGACCUUUAACGCGUCAACCGCAGCCGGUCGUGAAGUCUGAGCAAACCGGCAACGCCGUUGAGAACGGUAACGAAACCAGUGCGGUGGCGGAACUCGGAAAAGGGACGCAAGAAUCAAAACAAACCGGAGAUGCCAUGGAUGUCGAUCCUCCAAGGGAACCUGCCUCCACCACAGUAGACGAGAAGGUUGCAGCCCCGGAAGCGGCAAGCAAAGAUACGGAAGCCGAUGUUACCGAGGUGAACGCGCCGUCUGCAACUACCCUGCAGAAGGCAGCUGCGACCGCCAUUGGCUCUGCAGCUGCCAAAGCGCACGUCCUGGGCGUGAACCAUGCUACGUCCGAGCUGCAUGCAUUGACAUUGGCGCUUCUACAAGCGCAAUACAAGAAACUCGAAGCCAAAAUGUCGCAUUUCGCCGAAUUAGAGGCGGUGUUGGAGUCGGAGCGAAAGGAAAUCGAACGCGAAAAGCAAAAGCUGUACGCCGACAGAUUGGCUUUCCGAAAGCUGGUGCACACUUGGGACGCGCGCGAUAAAGAAAACAUGCGAGCAAUGUCCGCCGGUCACCACGGCCAUCAGCAACAGCACCAUCACAACAUCCCUCAGCACCAUGUGCCAACAUUGAUAAGUCCAACUCACGCAGGCAUUCCCGAUAGUUUCUCUGCUCGGAGGGAUAGCAUCAAGUCUGCCACUCCCACGUCUGCGACUCACCGCGGAUCUAUGUCCGGGGCCUGGGAGGUUCCUAAAGGUCGGACCUAUGAAGAUAUAGUCCCUAGCUCGGAUGUGGUGCCGGUGAAAGUGGAUGCACAUGAGCCAGGUUCUACGACGGAGAUGGAAGGAGAAGCGGCAUCUGGAUUCCAAGACGAGGAGGCCGGGGCGCAACCCGUGGUACCGCCGAAAGAUGGGGAUAGUUUUCUGAUCUCCAUUGGUUAG